UACCAGCAGGUUCCUUACAAUUUUUUCCUGUGUGAAAUGGGCAGUAGCAGUGGCUAAAGCCCUGUUCCUCUUUCCCAGAAGCUUUCAGACUUCCCUUCAGGACUAAUCCCAAGAAGCCAUCUCUCUGGACUGAAGACAAGUAAUAGUCCCAGAGUCCGGCACUGGUCAGGGGAGAAAAAAGUGGAGGAGAAUCUGUGUUCUGCAAAAGGAGAGGAAGACAAGAGCCAACAUGACCAACUGGCGCAACUCCCUCAUCCUCACGGCCUACAUCGCCAUCUUCCUCACUGGUCUCCCUGCCAACCUCCUGGCGCUACGGGCCUUCGUGGGACGGGUCCGCCAGCCCCACCCUGCCCCCAUCCACAUCCUCCUGCUCAGCCUGACGCUGGCGGACCUCCUGCUGCUGCUGCUGCUGCCCUUCAAGAUAAUUGAGGCUGCGUACGACUUCCGCUGGUAUCUGCCCGAGUUGCUCUGUGCCCUCACGGGUUUCGGCUUCUACAGCAGCAUCUACUGCAGCACGUGGCUCCUGGCCGGCAUCAGCAUCGAGCGCUACCUGGGAGUGGCUUUCCCCGUGCAGUACAAGCUGUCCCGCAAGCCCGUGUAUGGAGUGAUCGCUGCCCUGGUGGCCUGGAUCCUGUCCUUUGGUCACUGCACCAUCGUGAUCAUCGGUCAGUACUGGAACUCAACCAAGAAUGCCACGAGUGACAACGGCAUCACCUGCUACGAGAACUUCACCGAAUCUCAGCUGAAGGUGGUGCUUUCUGUGAGGCUGGAGCUGUGCCUCUUCCUGUUCUUCGUCCCCAUGGUGAUCACCAUCUUCUGCUACUGGCGCUUUGUGUGGAUCAUGCUCACCCAGCCCCACGUAGGGGCCCAGAGGCGGCGCAGAGCUGUAGGGCUGGCUGUCGUGACGCUCCUUAAUUUCCUGGUGUGCUUUGGGCCUUACAACGUAUCCCACCUGGUGGGGUUUUACACGAAGAAGAGCCCCAAGUGGAGGGUGGAAGCCGUGGUGUUCAGUUCCCUCAAUGCCAGUCUGGACCCCCUGCUUUUCUAUUUCUCUUCGUCAGCUGUGCGCAGAGCCUUUGGGAAGGGGCUGCAGAUCCUGCGGCAUCGGAGCUCCUCCCUGUUGGGACGCAGAGGCCGAGAGACAGCAGAGGGGACAAAUGCGGACAGGGGUGUGAGUCAAGCAGAGGGAGCUCCGAGUUCUGACUUCACCACAGACUAGGGGUGCCCUGGACCUUUGGAGGCACUCUGGGUAACACAGGCAUUGAGCAGCCUGGGAGAGGGGGAACAUCAGGGUUCCUGUCUCAGGGUCAGAAAUCCUCAGACCCAUCCACUACUGGGGCUGUAAAAUCCUCUCUCAGCGGCUUGGUAUCCCUUCCUGACUGAAGUUUUCUUCCCAAAGGAGCACAGCUCCAGGACCAAAGGAGAAAUGGUUAGGCACAGAAGCACUCUGAGACUGGAGUUUCAGAAGCAAUGUAGCUAAUACAAAUUCAGUCCUUGGGAGAUGGUUGGUAGCUGGGGAUGAUCGGGCUGAAGCAGUGUCCUAAAGCAAUCUUGCUACAAGCUUUGAAACAACACCUAGACACUGGUCUAGCUGUUGAUACUAGAAAGGAGACAACGGGAAAGAGAUGGAAGAGAAUACCAAAUGAGGUCAUAUGAGUCAAGAGGACUAAGAGGGAGGACCAGGAACUGUGACUUCUAACGAUCUGGGUUUGUACUGUAUCGCUUUGAUCUGCUGCUUUGUAAGUAUGCUCCAGUCAUCUCCACAUGUGUAUCUUGCCUCCCCGUAUUAAACCUGCCUGAAGUCUGGGUCUCGUCUUCUCCCUCUGUGGCACCCCCACAUGGGUCAGGACACAGCCUGGCGCCCAUCAGUCAGAGGUUAACACUGACUAGCACAGGAGUAGACAACCUGGUCUGGCAGACUGAAAAUAAAGACGGUAAAACUCUGAA